GGCUUAACAUUACUCACUGCAUAUUCUCAGUAUCAUCCACAACCAGUUUACAAAUAGGUCCUAUCCUCUAAAUAUUAUUUGAAAAAUUGGAAAAAAUAUACAUUUCUGUUUGUGAUGGAGUUUGCUGGAAAAUUUCUAAAGCCCGUCUGGCGGCCCAUGCUGCAAGUGGCCCGUCUCUAUUGCGAGAAGCCGAUGCGAAGCCUAGUGGCUUUCCCUGUUGCCAAGGUGGAAAGUGGCAAGUCCAAGUACAUGAUGGCCCACGUUUACAUCCAUGGGGAGAUGGGCAGCGCCAAGCAGGUGAUCCGUAGCCAUGCCAAGGCCAAGUACCAUCUCGACGUCUACGACGAGUUGAAAAAGGAGGCCGAGGCGAUGGGCUUGUGCACCCAGGGCCUGGGAGGCGGGUACUUGGUUCACGACAAGGAAAAGAAGUACAUCAAGCUCUAUGGCAGGUCUCAGGCCCUGGGAAAGGCCGACCACGAGGCGGCCCGUGAGCUACUGCAACCCAUCUACAAUGAUCACAAGAUCGAUGCUGAGUCGGGCGGUAUGGAACCUUAGAGUAUCCUUUUAGUUCUGCCAAUAUUUCGUUGCCUUUGGCGGUUUAAUUUUAUAAAUUUCGGUCUUCCGACUGCGUGAAAGCUUUGCAUUAGUUAAAUUAAAUUUCCCAAGAGGCCUCAA